CUGGGUUUUGGGGAAAGAGGGUGCGCUUGUGAAAGAAGAGGGUGUGGAGUCAGGAGAGGAGGAGACAGGAGUGGUCACACGGUAUGGCGUGGCAGGAAAGGAGCAUUCUGGCUCGGGCUUGGAGCAGCAGCAUUGUGAGGUGUUGCUGGAGCAUGCGCAGAGGGGAGGGUCGCUUCCAACAGCAAGGGUUUUAGGAAGUUUUAGCGCGCCAGACUGGCAUGCCGCCAGUUCGGAAGCAGCCGCGAUUCAGGAAAAAACCGCCAGUCGAGCAGCAGGCCUCAAGGUGGAGGAGGCGGCCCUCCUAAGUCCAGAAGCAUUUAUCAAGCCACAGCCUUUUGAAUGCCAUGAAUGCUAUGAUGCAGAUGUGGGUGGAGGAGUGCAGGACUUGCAGCGUGAGGGAGAUGGUGAUUUACUGCCAGAGGCGUUCUCCGAUGUCAGAGUGUUGUCCGGUGCCGAGGCACUGGUUCAACCCUCAGUUGCUGUGGCCACUGGUGCUGCAGACGCAGACGCAGACGCAGACGCAGACGCAGACGCAGACGCAGACGCAGCAGAAGAACGGGAAGAGAGGGGCGAAAGCGGGCUAGGCGGCGAGCAGGGCGAAGGGCAAGACGUGGAGGCAUGCAGAGAAGAAGGCCAACUCGCUCUCCAGCCUUUCCAGCCUCUUCAGCCUCUCCAGUCUCUUCCCCAGUCCCUGCAGUCCCUGCAGUCCCUGCAACCUCAUCGCGCCCUUGAGCCUCAGCAGUCCGCUCAAGAGCUCGUGAUGGCGAAGAUGCGUCAGCAGUCACUGGCUCAUGACAUGUGGCAGAGAAUGCCCGACUCCGAUGUCUCUGCUGCUGCCUUGGGCUUUAAUGCCCACGCCUGUGAAAGGGACGCAGAGGGAGUGGAGGAGGAGAGGGAGGGUACCGUUCAGCGGUUCUGCUGUGGGGAUGGUCGCGGGAGCGUGGACGUAGACGUGGGGAUAGUUGGCGUGGUGGGGUGCGAUGGGGGGGAGAUGGGCGAGGGGGGUCAAUCGGUGCAGGUGCAGGUGGUGCUGGAAUUCGCUCUGGAAGACUGCAGCAGCGUGCGACAGGAGGAGCAGCAGCAGCAGCAGCAGCAGCAGCAGCAGGAGAAGCAGCAGGAGCAGCAGCUUUGGGGGGCAGGGGCAGAAUGCACAGUUCUGAGUGUGCAGGGGGGAGGGGUGGAUGUGGAAGGGAUUCUGGGCGGGCCGUGGGAGAGUGGGAGUAUAGACAUGGCAAUGGAUGGCCCUGGGAGGCAGGGAGGCACCGAGCCGCAUGAGGCUGGUGCGGACGACGCGACUGGGACGGAGUGUGCUGGCAGGAGAGGCAUGGGGAGUGAUGGUAGCGAGUGUGGCGGUGUCCACGGUGGGGAUGGUGAGGGAGGUGAGGGGGAGGGAGGAAGGGACGUGGGUUCGUGUGCUCGCGCCCUGCCGUGUGAGAAAAGGCAAGGUGCACAGAGGACGGCGCGCAGGAGCCGGCCGGUGGAGAAAGCGCUGGUGUGCGCUGGGUGGGAGGAGCGGGCUCAGGCAGAGGGGAUGGAGCUGUGCUGCUCGAAUGGGGCUGCUGGUCUGGCCGGGCCCUCUGGAGUGAAUGCUGCUUGUGGAAUGGAUGUGGGUGCUGGUUUGGACGGGCUGUUUGCUCUGAGUGCCGCUGUUGAGGUGGCUCUGUGGGACGCUGAUGGCACCGCGCCUGCCAGUGACGCCAUGCAGGGGCAGGGGCAGGGGAGUCAACUGGCACAUGCAGCACUUGACGCAGCAGCAAAGGGGUUAGCGCAUGAAGUGGCAGCAGCGGCAGCAGCACCGGGGCAUGGGCAGAUUCCUGCACAUGAUCCUUCAACUCGGGACAGUCAGCCCUGCGGCCUGGGUGAUGCAAGUCUGGUCGAGGCUAGCGAGAGGAGGAGCGACCGGGCGGAACAGGCUGGGGCGUGCAGCAAGGAGGGGAGUGCAGCGCUGGUGGUGCAUGGAGGGGAGAGGGCGGGGAGCGUGAGAGGUGGCGAAGGCGAGGUGGUGGGGUCGAGAAUGCGAGUGUGGGAGGGCAAGGCUAGGGACUGCAGAGUGCAGGUGCGAGUGGGGUUCUUCCCUGAGUCUGAGCCUGGGAGGCCAGUCUGCGCUGCAGGGGAGGCUGGAGAAGAGGCUGUAGGAGCGGCUGGGACGGGCUUCAGAAAUGAGGAAGUAGCUUGCGCAGCAGGAGCACCAGGAGUAGCGGGUUGUGUGGCGAGGCGAGGUGGGAGUGGAGGCGUGAGUGCAGGUGGGAGUGAUGGCAUGUGGAGUGCGCGCACCCAUGUGCUCAUGGCGUGGGGCCGGCAGAAGGGCAGGUCAAGUGGGCACACUGUUAGGGAGCUCAAUGGGGAUGGGGAUGGGGAUGUGGGAGAGGGAGAGGGAGAGGGAGAGGGGGAGGGAGAGGGAGAGGGAGAGGGAGAGUUGAGAAUGCAAGUGGUGGUGGAGGGGAGCAGAGGAAACGGACAAGAGGAAACGAACUCGCUGCAGAGCCUGAAGGAUUUCGUGCGAGCUGCAGCAGCAGCAGGAGGAGCAGCAGCAGGAGGAGCAGCAGCAGGAGGAGCAGCAGCAGGAGGAGCAGCAGCAGGAGGAGGAGGGGAAGGAGGGGCGAUUGAGCCUGAGCGUCAAAAGGGCAGCAGUGCACCGGAUGUGCCAGUAGUAACCCCCAUGAGUUCCUUCCAUGUGCGUGCAGAAUCGGAGCUGGGGUUGCAGCAAGAGCACAGAUCUGCCGAGGGGUCUGCUGUUGAGAGUUCUGCUGCGGAUGGGCCUGCUGCCGAGGGGUCUCCCGAGCGAUCUGUUGAUGGGACUUCUAAGGGGUCUGCUGCCCGCACCAGGCCCUUCCUCCCGAGUCAAAGGAAAGGGAAGGGGCAAGGGACAGUGGCGGCGGGGGUUAGAACAGGGCCGAGUGAGGGUAAGGGGAAGGAGGGUGCGGAUGGGGGGGAAUCGGUGAGGGAGCAAGUGGACGUGGGGAAGCGGCCGAACCAGCAGGCAUGCGGCGGGGAGCGGGAGGAUGGUUGCGGGCAGCAGCAGCACCAGAAGCAAGAGCAGUUGGGUGAUGUGGAGGAGGAAGAGGAGGACGUGCUGCAGUCACUGCACUUGCUGGCUCUCGCAACCAGCUGUGACCGCACCGGCACCGGCGCCGGCACUGGCACUGGCACUGUUACUGGCACUGGCAACAGCAGUAGCGUGCAGACUAGUGACGGCAUGGAAGCUAAUGCGUCUCCCACCAGUAUGUCUGAUUCGAGUCAUGACGGAGGGUCAUGCGCCCGCACUCGCCCCCGCCCACUGCACGACUCUGCCCUGCCUACUGCCCUGCCUGGUGUGAGCGUCAGGGGUCAACAGGGCACUGGUGGUGGUGGUGGUGGUGGUGGUGGUGGUGGUGCCUGUGGCCCACCAACGAAGCCAGAGCAGCGUAAAGUGAUUCAAGGGCAGUGCUUGGAUGGGUAUCACGCAGGCACACCCCCUGCUCUUUCUGCAGCUGCUGCUGCUGCUGCUAGCGCUGUCUCGCCAACCCUAGUGUCUGUUACAGUCUCCAUGGUUACAGUCACAGUGGAGGGGCCGGAAGCAUCGGCAGGCAUGCAGGCCCAGCAGGUGGUGUCUCUGGCAAGUGAAGCCGAGGUGCCUUGCGAGGUGGUUUCCUUCUCGCUCUCCCCAUGUGAUUAUUCUUCCAUGCACAUCACACACACCAACACCAGCACCAGCACCAACACCAUCACCACAGGUGAUAAGGCACCUGAGAGAACCUGCUUCUUGCCACGCAUUGCUGAGCACGCCCAUGCACUUACCCAUGUGGCCGCCACCCCUCCUGGCAGCACUGAACAGUGCCUACUUGGUGAAGCCAAGGGCACGUCAUGCAGUGAGCUGGAGCUGCCACUGGUAUGCGUGGAGCAGCAGAGCACGGCAGCAGCAGCUGCAGCAAUACCAGUUCAAAAUGAGGAGGCAGGGGAGACAGCAGAGGCAGCAGAGAUAGCAGAGGCAGAUGUUGGGGCGCAGGGUGGUGGUUUGAGUGGGGCUGAUGGGGGGCCAAUUCGCAGCCAGAGGCAGACAAGGUGGAGGAGAAGUGUCCGUGUCGAGGGGAGAAGCUACAGCUCGGCCAUUCCAGUGCAUUGCUGGGAUGCAGUGCCCUUCGUAGACGGCUGCAGCAACAGCGACGGUCACUGAGUCUGCCAUUGUAUAUAUGAGGUCUUGAGGUAUUGUCUCCGUGGUUGUUUGCUUGAAACUGACAAGGUCCCUCCCCCCCCACACCCCCUUCCCAUUAUGGUUCUGGCAGAGAGGAAAAACGUUUGUACCGUGCCUUAUUUCUGUUCGGAUGUGGAUAUGAGA